AUGGAGCUAGCUUCACACAAUUCCUCUGUGUGGCCGCUGUCUAAUACGACGGUAGAUUGGACAUUCUCAUCUGAUGAAUAUGAUCUGUUGCGUCAGCAGCUACGUGGACCAUUAGCGUGUGUUUGGCUUACAAUUUUAGUAACUGGACUGUUCGGCAACUUGGCAUUCCUUUACGUGCGGACAACGGUAGCUUACAUGAACACUGUGACAAACUGCUACCUCAUGAAUCUCGGACUAGCCGACAUAAUGUUUCUCGCUAUCACUGUGCCUUUGGAAACGUGCGAUUUGUUCUACGAAGUUGCGCCACGGUUCCAGACUCUCUACUGCGUUUUGAGUUCCGGGGUUACCCACCUGUCGAACUACACGUCAAUGCUGACACUGGCGCUGAUAACCUUGGAAAGAUACUUCGCAAUAUGUAAACCUUACCAAGCCAAAAGGUUGAGCAGUAAAUCGCGAGCGCGGCGCGUCAUAGCUGUCACAUGGGCCGUAGCAUUCACGUUUGCCGUGGUAUUUACAAUCUCGUGUUUUUCAAAAGGGGGUUUGGGCAUAAACGCCAUAACGUUGAUUCUCCAAACCUUGCCGUUUAUCGUCUCAAUGUCAACCAUUACAGUCUUAAAUAUUCUCAUUGUGAGAACUUUGUCCAGACGUAACCAUGGGACCAUAUCGGCACAAGACUCCGAUGCCAGAGCAGAAAGGCUGCAAGUCAUCAAAUUACUGAUAGUAACUGAACUACUGUUCUUUUUGUGUGUGUUUCCCUAUUAUUUGAUUGACGUGAUUCUCGCUACUCAAGUACUGGCCAAUACCUGUAUCCAGACAAAGACAUGCAUGUCAAUAACACAGCUUUACAUUGUCAUGGUGUCUAUGAAAUCAUUAAUGUACAUUAACUCCGCCAUUGACCCACUUAUUUACAACGUCAUGAGUUCCCGUUAUCGUCUGGCAUUUUUAAGCGCCUUUCAGUGUAGACAGCAAUCGAUAUACGAAUCAGGAAUGCAAGCCUCAACGCAGCUCUGA